AUGGCGCGUGACUGGCUGGUGAAAACGGCAGAGCUGGAUCCAAGUAAGAACUACGUGGUCGGCUUCCAUCCCCACGGGGUCCUGGUGGCCGGUGCCUUCCUCAAUUUCUGCACCGAGGCAACGGGGUUUUCGCAGCUGUUCCCGGGGCUGACCCCUCACAUGAUGAUGCUGACACUCUGGUUCAGAGUCCCCUUCUUCAGGGACUACCUGCUGAGUGGAGGUCUCGUCCCAUCCGACAAAGACAGUGCUUCGUACGUGCUGAGGAGGUGGGGAGGUGGGAACGUGCUGGUCAUAGCAGUGGGAGGGGCCCAGGAGGCCCUAGAUGCGCGGCCUGGAGCCUUCACCCUACUGCUGAAAAACCGCAAGGGGUUCGUUCGACUGGCCAUGGAGCACGGGGCUCCACUCGUCCCCGUGUUUUCCUUUGGGGAGAAUGAGCUCUUUGACCAGGUCGACAACCCAAAGGGCUCCUGGCUGAGGCGGACGCAGCACCGUCUUCAGCAAAUCAUGGGCAUCUCCCUCCCCCUGUUCCAUGCCCGGGGCGUGUUCCAGUACAGCUUCGGGCUGCUCCCGUAUCGACGGCCCAUCUUCACUGUGGUUGGGAAGCCAAUUAAAGUGGAGAAGAAGCACAACCCAUCCCAAGAAGAAGUCGAUCGAUUACAUCAGACGUACAUUGAGGAACUGUGCAAACUCUUUGAGGCGCAUAAAACUAAAUACAAUGUCCCAGAGGACAGGCAUCUUGAAUUUAUAUAA